CCCACCAACCCAACGAAUCCCCACCGCAGCCAUGCUCUCCAUGCUCUCCUUCUCCCCGCGCCAACUCGCCGCCCAAUGCCUCAACUUCGGCCUCGUCCUGUCAACCGCCUUCAUGCUCUGGAAAGGCCUCGGCAUCGCCGCCAACUCGCCGUCCCCGAUCGUCGUCGUGCUGUCGGGCAGCAUGGAACCGGCCUUCGCGCGCGGCGAUUUGCUAUUCCUCUGGAACCGGGGGCUGGACACGCAGAUUGGGGAGGUGGUGGUGUAUAACGUCAAGGGCAAGGACAUACCGAUUGUGCAUCGCGUGGUGCGGCGGUUUGGGGGCGGGGCUACCCCCCUCCGCCUCCUCACCAAAGGCGACAACAACGCCGCCGACGACACGGAGCUGUACGCGCGCGGGCAGGACUUCCUGGACCGCGAGGAGGAUGUGAUUGGGAGUGUGGUGGGCUUCGUGCCGUUUGUGGGCUAUGUGACGAUUCUGCUGAGCGAGAACCCGUGGCUGAAGAAGGUGAUGAUCGGGUUGAUGGGGGUCAUGAUUGCGUUGCAGCGGGAAUGA